AUGGGUCACCCAGCUGGUCUCCGCGCAGGUACUCGAUAUGCCUUUUCGAGGGACUUUAGGCAAGUCGCCAGCCCGCUCUGGGCCGCGCCGCAACGAGGAGGACGAGUACUAACGGUUGGAGAUAUCGUUGACAUUAAGGCCAACGGAGCUGUCCAAAAGGGAAUGCCACACAAGGUCUACCACGGCAAGACCGGCGUUGUCUACAACGUUACCAAGAGCGCAGUAGGUGUCAUCAUCUACAAGAAGGUCAAGCACCGCUACAUCGAGAAGCGCGUCAACCUCCGCGUCGAGCACGUUUCCCUGUCCCGAUCGAGAGAGGAGUUCGUUCGCCGUGUCAAGACCAACGCCGAGCUGAAGAAGAAGUCAAAGGCCGAGGGCACACACGUCCACUUGAAGAGACAACCCUUGAUGCCAAGAGAGGCGCGGACAAUUUCGAUGAAGGACAACGUACCAGAGACCGUCGUGCCGAUUGCAUACGAGACCACUAUCUAA